GCCCCCGGUUUCGACUCACGCCGUCACGCGGACAGUCGACUCCCCUCCCAACUCCCAUGGCGCGAGGCCGCGCGCAGCCUCGACCUCUCCUCCAACGACUCGUUACCUCGUAACCGUCGCCGGAAUCGAUCGAUUCAAAGCUCCAAGCCCUAUCCAAUCCACGAGGGGAUCCCAAUGACCAUGGCGGCCUCGGUUGUCGCCGCAGCGGCGGCCUCGCCCCAGCUGACGUCACGGAGAUGGGCCCCUCUUGUCGCGUCACAUCCACGGGCGAACCCGCCUCCCGCCCUGCGCUUGCGGGCGCCCGCUUCUCCUCUCCGGGCCGGAGCCUCCGUUCCCCGCGAUUCUUGUGCCGGAGCCGCCGUCCCGAGGGCGCCGUGUGCGGCGGCGGCGGCGGCGGCAUUAGGUGGUGGUGUGAAGGCGGAGGCCACGGAGCGGGUGGCGGCCGAUUGGGAUGUUCUGAAGCGGGUGGCGCUGCUCGCGCUUGGCUGCUGCGCUGCAGCCGCCGCGCUCGGCUGCUGCGCGGCGCGGGCAGCGGCGGAGGACUCGAUCAAGGCGUCAGGAUUCGGGCUGCGUGUGGCGGAGUCGCUGCGGAGGCUCGGAUGGCCCGACGACGCCGUCGUGUUCGCACUCGCGACGCUGCCGGUGAUCGAGCUGCGGGGGGCGAUCCCCGUUGGGUACUGGUUGCGGCUCCAUCCCGUCCGCCUCACCAUCCUAUCCGUUCUUGGGAACAUGAUGCCUGUAUCAUUUAUCAUCCUCUACCUGAAAAAGCUUGCGACAUUUCUGUCUCAGAAAAGCGCAUCUGCAACCCGAAUUAUGGACCUCCUCUUUGAGCGGGCACGACGUAAGGCUGCUCCUGUUGAGGAAUUCCAAUGGCUCGGCUUGAUGUUGUUUGUUGCCGUUCCAUUCCCAGGCACAGGAGCAUGGACUGGGGCCUUCAUUGCAUCUGUUUUAGGCAUGCCAUUUUGGUCAGGUUUUACAGCAAAUUUUGUGGGAGUUGUCCUUGCAGGGCUUCUGGUGAACUUGCUUAUGAAUCUUGGACUGAAAUAUGCAAUUAUUACUGGAGUAGUUUUGUUCUUUGUUUCAACUGUAAUGUGGAGUGUUCUUCGUUCCCUGAAGAAGUCUGUGAAUGGCAAAUGAUCUAAUAGUCUUCAUCACACUGUUCCUAAUCCAUUCAGAGUUCAGCUGUGCAUAGGAAAUUCAGUUGUGUAAUUUUAAGUGGAUUUUCAGCUUCCAAAUGGAUUUCUAAGAGAAAGGAACUGAGAAUUGACCGUGUUUAUAUAAGUUCCAAGUAAAAUGUCUUUCUCAUUCAAUAA